GGUGCGGAGCGGCGAAGAGACAGUGGAAGACACAACGCAAUACAACGCACCACUGCAUGUCUGUCUGCCAGCCAGCGGCCAGACGAUAACACAAGCGCUGCAAGCUGCUGCUGUGCAGAGCGAAUUGCCUGUGUGUUCAGUGGCAAUGUGACAGUCAGGAAGAUGCCAUACCGUCGGUGGAGUGAAAGUGUAACUCUCAGUCAAGCACUAUCGUAGUAUUACGUGGAGUCGGUAGAGAGAGAGACACUCGAAGAAAUUUGGGGCGAGGACCUGCGUAACCUCGACUGAAUCAUAUUUACAAUUGAGUCACUAUCAAUUGCUACGACUCCAUCGAGAAUUGCAACACACAGUAGAGCUUACGUUAUCAUCGCCGCAUGAAAUUAAACUCGCCUGACACAUCAUCGAUAUCCGCGAUAUUAUCUCCAUAGCCGCACUGUACACUGUACUCUUCGUGCGUUUCCGUGUAUAUACACCUAGCAGAAGACGCGCACGCCUAAAUGCAGCUAGUGUAGUGUAGUAGUGAGUGCCGUCGGCAGUAGUAUUCGAAUAUAUUGAUAAGCGCGUCGUCGUCGUGUACUCGUGUGUAUUAUAGACAAAAUAUAUAUCUAUAUACUAGUGGCACCAUACUACACACUAACGCACACGCGAGAUUAUGACGCGUCUCGUGGCCGCUACUCCAGUAGUGAUUGCUUCGAUUCAAUUAUUAUUAUUAUCAUCGCCGCCGCAGUCGACGAUAGAGAUCGACCGAUCCAUUAGAGCCUCGUGAUUGCCUCCGAUAUAAAUAUUAGCGCGUUCGUAUAGCAGACCGUGUGCGAUGCCACUGCUCGCAGUAGCCGAGGAGGAAUUCGUGCCAUACAGUGCGUAGUUUUUAUCCAAGUGUGUUAAGAGCGUGUGUGCUUGACCAUGCUGAGUUUCGACUGAUUUUUUUCUUGGUAAAAUACUCUCUACCCUCUGUUGAGCAGACAGGAAACAUGUACGCCUUGCAAAUGCAGACUGGUUGUCAGGGCGAGGGUGAGAACGAAGCCCAAACCGAGGCAAAGGUACAGAUUGUAAAUGAAUGCAACGCAAAGUCGACCGUGCCAGACUGCAGCGGUUUUAACAUUGUUCAGGCUACACAAUAUGGAGCGCUUGAACGAGUUCAAGAGCUGGUUGAGGCUGGCUACGAUGUCAACGAGCCUGAUGCAGAGACUGUUACUCUUCUGCACUGGGCUGCUAUCAAUAACAGAAAAGAAAUUGUUAAAUAUUUCAUAGCAAAAGGUGCUAAGGUCGAUGCGAUUGGAGGAGAGUUAGCUUCCACACCGUUGCAUUGGGCUACAAGACAAGGCCACUUGGCAACUGUAGUCAUCCUUAUGAGAGCUGGAGCAGAUCCUAUGCUUAAAGAUGCUGAAGGUAACUCCUGCAUUCAUUUGGCUGCUACUUUUGGACACACUGCCGUUGUUGCGUACCUUGUUGCUAAAGGUAUCAACCCCAAUACACCAGACAGAAGUGGAAUGACACCUUUAAUGUGGAGUGCUUACAAAGUCAAAAGCUUAGACCCCACGCGAUUACUCCUAACAUUGGGAGCCUCCCAUAGUCUGACAGACAAUAUGCAUGGAAAUACUGCACUGCAUUGGGCAAUAAUAGCAAAAAAUGCCUCAGCCAUCAGAACAUUGGUCCAAUUUGGAGCAUCGCUUGAUGUUCCAAAUUUAAAAAAUGAAACACCAAUGAAGUUAUUACAACCUCACAUUGGAUCAGCUUGGUUGGGACAUAAAUUUAGUAAUGAAAUUAGACAAAAACAAAAUCCAACUCGUGUUUGGUGCCGUGAUAAAAGAAUUCGUUGGUACUGUAUGAUAGGUACACCUUUUAUAGUAUUUUAUAUGGUUGGAAUGAUUUUCCAAAGCGGCCUAGAUUACUUGUUAAAGAUAAUCGCCUUUGUUGUUCUUUAUCUUGCAAUUUAUGCUGCAAGCAAUUAUCUGUACGAUGAGCGACUGUAUUAUGUGCUGCCGAUGUCAAUUUAUUUAGCUACUAAGAUGUGGAUUUAUGUUACUUGGAUGUUCUGGCUUGGUAUGCAUGCAUCAUGGUACCUAUGGCUCAUGCUAGUAGGUGGUUCAGUUCCUUUAUGGAUUUGCUACAUAAAGUCUUGGCGUGGAGAUCCUGGAAUUGUCAAGGGUACCCACGAAGAUAAACUUAAUUGUAUUAUAGAAUUAGCUGAAAAUGGUGGUUUUGAUCAUCAAAUAUUUUGCCAUACUUGUUUAGUACGUAAGCCAAUUCGAUCAAAACAUUGCUCGGCAUGUGAUGUUUGUGUAGCGAGAUAUGAUCACCAUUGCCCAUGGGUGAAUAAUUGCAUAGGGGCUAAAAAUCACAAAUAUUUUAUUGGAUUUUUAAUGUCUCUCUUGGGCUUAUGUCUUGUAGUUAUGGCUGCCAGUAUAAGAUAUUGGCAGUUUGAAUGUUGGACCGAUUUAACAGAUACUCACUCUGCAGACAAUUACUUGGUAGCAGCAGCAACCUGUGAUGCUUGGAUAAUGUGGGUUACCGUCAAUACAUCUCUACACGCAUUUUGGGUCGGUACCCUCUUAGCGUGUCAGUGUUAUCAGAUCAUGAUAUUAGGAAUGACUACGAACGAACGUAUCAAUUCGGGACGUUACAAACAUUUUGCCAACGGUAACCCAUUCCACAGAGGCGCCUUACAAAAUGCCGCAGACUUUUGCGAAUGCGGCCUGUGUGGCUUUCAACCGAAACCCAGUGAAGAUUGGCUACACAGUUACGACUUGAAACAUAGUAUAGAAAAGUUGCCUUUACUUUUACAAAAAGACAGUUAUCAGUACGUUUAAAUGAUGAAUAAUCUAGCGCCAAAGUGGCGAUUCUAGUGUUAUAAAUUUGAAUGACGAGUUACGAAAAGUGUUUCCCAAAUACCAAAACCAAUUAGUGUAUUUCGGAUAACGAGAAAAUGAGAUGUUAACGGUUUUACUAAUCUAGUCAUCGAAUACUGCGACAUUAACUCAGUAUUGUACUCGUUAAGAUAAUAACCAUGAUCAUAUCAUGCUAAUGAUAUCCUAGAAAUAAGUUUUUUGCGUAAAAUUGUGCCAUUGCAAUAUUAUUCAAUGUUCAAUGAAAUAACUGCUUGGCCAGAUUGUUUGUAUUAACUUAUUGAUAAUGUAAAUAACGUAAAAAAAGCUUAUUCUUCAAAGCAAUUAUAUCUAAAUAAACGGAUUCUGAUGUAUUUUAUGCGAACUAUUGUACCGGCUCACAGCUUGAAAUUCGUCAUUUGACAGUUAUGGAAUGAUGAAGAUGUAACGAUAAAAUUGUAUAUUAAUGUAAUUGCCUUUGUAAAGCAAUACUAGAAAGACUCGUGCUUUAAAAAGGUAAUUUAUUCGUAAUUUUGUAGUAUAUUCUUGAAAUGACUGAGACAAGACAUAAUGUUCAUAAAAUCUUUGCCUAUAAAUGAGUUUAAUCUAAGGUAAAUUAUUGAAAUCCGGUGAAAACUUUUAGUCAAAGAUUUAACAUUUAUUAUUAGUUAGUAAGGAGCUUUGUGUACUCUAUUUAAAUUAAGAAUUGAUACUUUCAAAAGUUAUUAUACUGCGAACAAAAAGUUUUUUUGUAUUAAGUAAUACUAAGUCUUCUAAAGGCAUGAUUAUACUUGAAUUAAGUAUUUUAUUAUUUGUGAAAAAUCAUUUUGGAAAACUACCUUUUUAUCCGAAAAAAUUUUAAUUUUAAUAAUUCUACAGUUAAAUUUUUUUUACUUUGAACGAUUGAUCUACUCAAGAAAAUGUAGAUUGUAAUUAAUGAUCAUUCCGAAAAGUUUGAAAAAAGUCUAUAUGUAUGCAAUUCUUCUGCACUCUCUAAGUGUGAAACUUCUUCAGAUUAAUACAAAAGACGUGAAAAAUCGUUUAUUUUGCUUGAAAUGUAAUUUAAUACGAGUAUUACCAAUUUCUACAAAUAUUGAGGUGUCAUAUUACGAUAAAGUUAACCGAAAUAAAUAUAUUUCAUUUUACUGUAAUGAUCAAGACAGAUCUCUUUAUAAACGUAGUAAAAACAACUGAAAUAAUGAUCAAAUUGUACUAUUCUGUGAUUUUUUAAUAUUGUAAGAUUGGAAGCUCGCAUGACUGGUUGCACAAGAAUAUUUAGUUUACCGUAAUAACGAUGAUUUCAUAAUACAAGACAACAAAGACACCGAUUAAAAAUCAUAACCCACUUUACGAGGUGAAAAAAUGUACUAUACUCAAUAUUUUACCGAGCGGAUUGUAGUUGCUUUUUUGUAAUUCAUCUUUUACUACGUUGAAAUUUCCAAGAAAAUAAACUUGAUAAUAAAAUCUGUACACUUGUAGAGCGUGUGAAGUUGAAA